UAUGUGCAGAGCCGGGGCGAUCUGUCAGCGGAGCCGGCCAGGGGGGAGCAGCCCCGGCCGCCGGGGCUCGGGUUACCGGUGACUGACAGCGUCUCCAUGGCGAAUAAUUUGACUCGACUAUUGUCUGGCGCGGGCAGGCCCCGGGUCAGAUAACCCGACCAAUCAGGGCGCGGGCCGCCGCGCCUCAUGCCCGCUUAGAAUAAUAUUAUUAAAAAAGCUGCGAGCGAGCUAGACGGGAGGGAGAGCGAGCGAGGAGCGAGCGAACCAGCGGCGGGCGGGCGCAGAGCAUGCGGAGCGGCGCCCCGGGCGGCCCCCGGGCUUGGGCGCGGGCGAGGCGCGCGGGUGGCGGGGGCGCGGAGCUGCGCGGGGCCGACGGCGGGAGCGAGGACGGACCGCAGUGACUCAGGAGCCGCCCGGGAGCCAAGCGCCUGGCCAGGGGCCCCGCCCGCCUGUCGGCCGGGCCAGGCCGGCGGGGAGGCCGCCCAUGCGGGGCCGCGAGGCUCGGUGAGGGCGCGCGCGGGCGGGCGGGCGCGCAGCCGGCACCAUGUCCAUGCUGCCCACCUUCGGCUUCACGCAGGAGCAAGUGGCGUGCGUGUGCGAGGUGCUGCAGCAGGGCGGCAACAUCGAGCGGCUGGGUCGCUUCCUCUGGUCGCUGCCCGCCUGCGAGCACCUCCACAAGAAUGAAAGCGUGCUCAAGGCCAAGGCCGUGGUGGCCUUCCACCGGGGCAACUUCCGCGAGCUCUACAAAAUCCUGGAGAGCCACCAGUUCUCGCCGCACAACCACGCCAAGCUGCAGCAGCUGUGGCUCAAAGCGCACUACAUCGAGGCGGAGAAACUGCGCGGCCGGCCCCUGGGCGCCGUGGGCAAGUACCGCGUGCGGCGCAAGUUCCCGCUGCCGCGCUCCAUCUGGGACGGCGAGGAGACCAGCUACUGCUUCAAGGAGAAGAGCCGCAGCGUGCUGCGCGAGUGGUACGCCCACAACCCCUACCCGUCGCCGCGGGAGAAGCGCGAGCUGGCGGAGGCCACCGGCCUCACCACCACGCAGGUCAGCAACUGGUUCAAAAACCGGCGGCAGCGCGACCGGGCGGCCGAGGCUAAGGAAAGGGAGAACAGCGAGAACUCCAAUUCCGGCAGCCACAACCCGCUGGCUUCCUCGCUCAACGGCAGCGGCAAGUCGGUGCUAGGCAGCUCCGAGGACGAGAAGACGCCGUCGGGCACGCCAGACCACUCGUCGUCCAGCCCCGCUCUGCUGCUCAGCCCGCCGCCGCCCCCUGGGCUGCCCUCCCUGCACAGCUUAGGCCACCCUCCCGGCCCGAGCGCAGUCCCCGUGCCUGUGCCGGGUGGAGGCGGCACGGACCCACUGCAGCACCACCACAGCCUGCAGGACUCCAUGCUCAACCCCAUGUCUGCCAACCUUGUGGACCUGGGCUCCUAGAACUCGGCUCCGGGCACUUGCUUUCCGAGCUCGGUGCGGGGACUUGAGAGACGGUGCCGGAGGGCGAUAGGUGCUGGAGUCGGUACCCGGUACUAGAAGAGGGCCACGCCACCCACGCAGGAGCAGCAGAACUGGCCGGCGGGACAAAGUGGAGUACUGUCUGCUCCGGGGCCCUUCGGGGGAUUCCUUCUCAACAAGUUGCUUUUGAGAUCCUUUGGAGGCCAGAGACUCGGGCCUUGAACCAGGCAAGGGAAUAAAUUAUAAACCACCACCACCACCACCCUGAUUUUUCUCAUCUCUUAUCCCUUCUCGUUUCUUUCCUCUGCUUUCUUUUCAGUUUUUUUUUAAUU